UGAUUUUGCAUUUCCGGGGGGAGAACAGUUUGUAAACAAAACAGAUCUCUCCCCUGUCAGCUCCUGCACACUGCUAUGCAUGGAUUUGCAUAGCACAGCCAUGCAAAGCAGUAUGCUUACAGUGAAGCACAAACACAGCCCAGCAUGUAAAACAGCACACAGUUAACCCCUUUGAUCUCCCCAGAUGUUAACCUCUUCCUGCCCAGUGCCAUUAGUACAGUGUCAGUGCUUUUUAUUAGCACUGAUCACUGUAUUGGUGUCACUGGGGAUGUCAGCUACACCAAGUCAGUUCCCCCCAGUGUCAGAAUACCCACUGCAGUCCCACUAUAAGACGCUGAUCACAGCCAUUACUAGAAAAAUA